AUGUCGGUUUAUGAUCGAGCACCUCGCAAAUUCCUUCAAAGUGUAGGCAGUACAUCAGUAAAUGUAGGCCCUGGAUCCUAUUCUACCUCUGAAAUAGCCAAUGCUAAACGAAAAGUCGACAGUUAUGCCCCAUUUUCGUCCAUGACAACACGCCAAUCGGCUCUCGAUGUUGGAGAAAACGUUAUCGCUACGCCCGGGCCUGGCCAAUAUGAAUUUAGUCGCUUCGGUAGCGAACGUGUUAAAGGUGCAGCUUCACUAAAAGAUACAACCAAACGCUUCGGCGACAAUACAACUCUAGCACCCGGUCCAGGAGCUUAUAAUCCUUACAAUAGUAAUAAAUCACAGGCAACGAGCAAGAAAAUUCCAGAAUUUAAGCCAAGAGUUCAAUAUUUGAGAAGACCAGACGCUCCAUCUAUCCCAAUACCUAGUCAAGCCUACGGUUAUGAAGAAUCAAACGGCGGACAUUUAAUGUCGCAAAAACCUCCAUCACAUGAUACCACACUUGGACCAGCAUAUUACUCGGUCGACGGCAAUAACGUCAGAUAUUGUGGCGAUAAGUAUAGAGGAAUUCAUUUUAAUAGGCAAUCUUCAAAAAGGCUUGAAUUUCAUAGUCAUCCUGGUCCUGCCCCUGGCGACUAUGAUAUCAGCUUGUCGUAUAGAAAAGAAAAUCACCCUACCUAUCGUGACAACGGUAAUCAAAUAUUUGAAUCCAAUUCCCCACGUUAUUUAGAUAUUUUACAAAAGCAAGAAGAAAAACGAGGUAUUCCAGGACCUGGAGCUUAUGACAUUAACCACUCAAUAACUGUCAAAUCAACGGCACCAUUAGUAGACGAAGACGGAAAAAUAAUUGAAAGUGUUCCAUUUGGAACGCAGGCAAAGCGGUUCCCUGAAGCAAAAUUUUCAACUCCAGCUCCUGGCACAUACGGUGAGCCGCGAAUUGGCUUUCAAACUUCAAACAAGAUUGAAAAUUUAAAAGCUGUACCAUUUGGUAAAACUUCGGCACGUUUCGAUAACCAUCGCCGUCAGAAAUUCUUACCAGGACCUGGUACAUACAAUUAUCCUGGUAUUGCUGAUAAUAGUCUACGUAAAUCCCAAUUGGAAAGCUCAAGAAAGGGUGCCUUUGGUUCAACAGCAGUUCGUACUGUUCCAUUAGCUAAUCCAGAAAAGAAAGACGCACCUGGUCCAGGCUAUUAUCAAGCUGUUGAUCCUAAAACAGUUGGUGGUAGCAGAUAUGUUAAACCUACAGUCCAGUUUAUGUCUAGAUCAGAUCGUAUUGCAUUAAUCGAUCCUAAAAGUGGUGAAUUACCUGGCCCAGGAUCAUACGAUCUCAGCAAGGCUUACGAUCGUAGCCAGGGAAAAGUACUAGCAGAAUAUCCGUCUAAGAGUAUUGCUAAAAGUAAAGUAACACCAUUCUUAACAUCGUCUAAGCGCAUUAGCAAUGAACUCAAUCGCCAACCAAAAGGUCCAUGGCCAGGACCGAGUGAUUAUCUACCGCAAAAAUUAAAACGUCCUGGUGGCAAAAAAGGUAUAAUGGGAACAGAUAGCGAUCGAUUUCAUUCUACCGUUAAUACAGCUCCGGGUCCGGGUGCCUACGAUUUGUAUACACUACAAUCUGAUACUGUUCUGAAAGGGACAUUUAACGUUAAGUUGGGGAAAGUAAUGCCCUCCCCCUUAGGAAAACGCCGCACUAACAAGGGUAUUUCUGUACCAUAA